AUGUGCACCUACGCCCUGAUGCUCCACCAAUGCACGCGAUGCAAGUACGUCCAACCAGCCACGCGCGCGACCAUCCUGCAGCCGUGCCCGAACGAGGCGCGCUGCGUGACCGCCACGCCCAUCUCGGAGGUGCGGAACGACGUGCUCUGCGAGCGUCAUGGCGCCGUUGAUCCCGCUACGAACUGGUGCUGGGCGGUCAGAAGGAAUAAGCCGGCUGCGGCUCGGGAGAGGGGGAGAAGGGAUGCGAGGGAGUGGUGGGAGUCGUGUGAGCGCGAGUGGGAUGAGCGGUGGGGUGGACGGGCGGGCGGGUGGUAG